CUGUUCAGUGCAGAGGAACAGCAAUGCUGUGUGAGACUCUCCCCUGCAGACAGGCUCAGUAGAAUGGCCCUCACCAGGAUCCUGAUUGCUGGAGGGCUGCUGAGCUGCCUCUACACUCUCUGCUCCUCCACAGCAACACCAGAGCCGUCUUUCCUGGUGACCUUUCCUGCCCUGAUAAGAUCAGAGUCCGAAGCCAAACUCUGUGCCAGCCUCCUGAGUCCAAACGAGACUCUGCUCAUGUCCAUAUAUCUGACCAAUGGAGAUGAGAAGAAGAUGCUGCACCAGGAAACAUCAGACAAGGAUUUUCACCGCUGCUUCCAGUUCCAGGCCCCUUCGGUGAAAGAAAACUCUGUGCAGAAAAUCACAGUAGAUGUCAAAGGUCAAUCAAAUCACUGGACCUCAGAAAGUCGGGUGAAGUUCAGCCCAAAACAUCCUCCUGUAGCCUUUAUCCAGACAGAUAAACCCAUAUACAGCCCAGGCCAUACAGUGCAUUUCAGAGUGGUCACCAUGGACACCAACUUCAUUCCACUCAGUGAAAAGUAUGACCGCAUAUCCCUGGACGAUAGCCGUGGCAACACCAUUGGUCAAUGGCUUGAUGUGAAAUCACAGGGCAAAAUAGUGCAGCUCUCCCACGUGUUAAACCCAGAAGCUCCUCAGGGCACAUACAUGCUCAAUGUACAAGGCAGUCAAACAUCAUCUCAGUCACAUCAGUUUCAAGUGAAAAAAUAUGUUUUGCCCAAGUUCAAGGUUACGCUGAAAGCCCCAGAGGCCAUCAGUGUUGGAGAACAAGAGGUCAGGCUGGAAGUGUGUGCUAAGUACACAUUUGGCCAGCCUGUGCCAGGAAAAGCUUCCAUGUCAUUGUGUCGAGACAUUGAUCGUUAUCAAACUGAUGAUGAUGAAUUAAUUCCAGAGGCACCUUGUUUUGCUGUAUCAGCAGAGACGGAUGAAUUUGGUUGUGUCUCUCAUGUCUUUAAUAUGGUAAUGUUUACACAACCAGACUUAAAUAGAAAAUUGAAGAACAGCUUCCGAUUCAAUGCAACCGUAGCUGAAGAAGGAACUGGUAUCAGUCGGGCAGAAAGCAAAGACAUAAGGUUGGACUACUCUCUUGGGAAACUAACAUUUGUCGAUACACCAGAAGUGAUUGAGGACGGAGCAGUAAUGGAGGGCAAGAUCAAAGCAACCCAUUACAAUGGCACUGGCAUCGCUCACAGAGCGGUUCAUCUGUUUAAAGGUCUGGGAUGGAAUUCAAAGCUCCUACUGAACCUGACCACAGACUCUGCUGGAGAGGCCCAGUUCUCUAUUAACACUACUACUUUCCCGGAAAACUUUGAGCUCAUCUGCUUUGUUAUUCACAUUCUCUGGCAAGUACAUCAUCCAUCUUUGUGGAAUCUAUUGAACUUGCUCCCAUAUUAUGACACUGCAACAAAGUCGGUGUCCAGAUUACCACCAGCAUCUCCACACACAGCAUCAUCCAGCUCUCUGACCAUAAAGGCUGUAAAUGAACCUCUUCAGUGUGGCAAAGACGUAUCCAUCACCAUUAAGUACACCUUCACUGGGGAAACAAUCAGCACAGACUCUGUGGAUGUCAUUUAUAUGGUUUUAUCCAAAGGGCAGAUUGUUCAUCACGGCUUUGUUGAGGCUUCAGUGCAGGGCUCCCUACCAGUAACUGAGGGUGAGGUGUCCUUUCAGCUCCCUGUCAGUGCUGAGAUGGCCCCCUCAUUGAAGGUCAUGGCGUACUGUGUCUUACCCAGUGAGACGGUCCUGGCUAAUAGCCAAACCUUCUCAACGGAGAAGUGCUUCAGCAAUAAGGUGUCUGUGCAGUUCUCCCCCCCUAAAGCAGUUCCUGGAGAGGAGAGCUCCCUACAGCUGUCAGCUCAGCCUGGCUCUCUGUGUGCCCUCAGUGCUGUGGAUCAGAGCAUCUUUGUCCUGGAACCAGGGAAACGCCUAGAUGCCCAGAAGAUUUUUGGAUUAUUACCAAGUUUGGACUCAGGAAUUCCUUAUGAUGUUGAAGAUCCUGUAGAAUGCCUUAAAGUCAGACUCAGGCGUUCCUCCAUGCCAUACUACCCUUCACGGCGUGCUGAUACUGGGGCUUUCGCGGUUUUUAAGAGUUUGGGACUGAAGAUGGUCACUAAUUUGGUUCUACAGAUCCCUAACUGCUUAAUGUUUAAGGGAGAGACAUAUCACAGGAGGCAUGUCUUGUAUCAUCAGGAGGUCUAUCCACUGGCCACUAGGGUGCGCCAGAUGGUCACUAGUUCAGGAAUGGGAAGACCUUUUAGAGAGGAAUUUGGUGUGACGGUUCGCACAGUUUUCCCAGAGACGUGGAUCUGGGACCUGGCAGAGGUUGGGGAGUCUGGAGAAGCACGAGUCCCUCUCACUGUCCCUGACACCAUCACCACCUGGGAGACUGAGGCUUUCUGCCUGUCCCCCCAGGGCUUUGGUCUGGCCCCACCAGUUCAGCUCACAGUUUUCCAGCCCUUCUUCCUGGAGCUCUCCCUGCCGUACUCCAUCAUCCGUGGAGAGACCUUUGAGCUCAAAGCAACAGUUUUCAACUACCUGCCCAAGUGCAUCAUGGUCACAGUGACUCCAGCCCCUUCAUCAGACUUCACUCUGACCCCCUCCUCUGAUGGCCAGUACUCCUCCUGUCUGUGUGCAAAUGGAAGGAAGACCUUCAAAUGGACACUGGUGCCCUCUGUGCUUGGACUGAUGAAUGUUACUGUGAGUGCAGAGGCCACUCAGUCCCAGGGGUUGUGUGGCAACGAGGUUGUGUCUGUGCCAGAGAAAGGUCGCAUAGACAUAGUCACACGCCCCCUGCUGGUGAAGGCGGAAGGAACUGAGAAGACCGAGAGUUUCAGUAGGCUCUUAUGUCCAAAAGGGGGCGCUCUAACAGAGGAGGUGGAGCUGAAACUCCCAGCAGCUGUAGUGAAGGGAUCGGCCAGAGCCUCAGUGUCUGUGCUGGGAGACAUCCUGGGUCUCGCUCUGAAGAACAUUGACAGCCUCCUGAAAAUGCCUUAUGGUUGUGGGGAGCAAAAUAUUGCCAUCCUCUCCCCAAAUAUCUACAUUCUGCAGUACCUCCAGAACACUGGCCAGCUCACUGCAGAAAUUAAGGAAAAAGCAACAAAUUUCCUUAAAAAUGGAUACCAGAGGCAGCUGAACUACAAGCACCGUGAUGGAGCCUACAGCACGUUUGGCAGAGGAGAUGGAAACACCUGGCUGACUGCAUUUGUGUUGAGGUCGUUUGGUAAAGCAAAGUCCUUCAUCUACAUUGACCGUGACGUUAUUGAAGGUGCCAAGGGUUGGCUGGAAAAUCAACUUAGUCCAAUUGGUGCUUACCGUAUGCAAGGAAACCUCUUCAAUAACAGAAUGAAGGGAGGUGUAAAUGAUCUUGUGACAAUAACUGCUUACAUCGCUGCCUCAAUGCUGGAGCUGAAUAUGACUGUAAAGGCAAGUACCAUGAUGUUCUUGAAGUCCUACUACAGAGGGACACCCCUAAAUCCAGCAGGUCUCCCCAGUGUGGUGGAACCAUCCGUUAAUGACUUCUCCAACACCUACACCACUGCUCUACUGGCCUACACCUUCAGUCUCGCUGGAGAAGAGGACAUCCGAGCUGAGCUUCUGAAACACUUGGACAGUGUAGCAACCUCUGAUGGGAGUCUCCUGCACUGGUCUCAGUCCUCAUCAGAGAGAGCUGAUUCUCUGGCGGUGGAGAUGAGUUCUUAUGUGCUCUUAGCUGUUCUCACCAAACCCACACUGACUGCUGCUGACUUAGGCUAUGCUUCCAGGAUCGUCAGCUGGCUGGUAAAGCAGCAAAAUCCAUAUGGAGGCUUCUCUUCCACACAGGACACGGUGGUGGCACUGCAGGCUCUGGCUCUGUAUGCCACCAAGGUCUUCAGUCCUCAUGGCUCCAGCACAGUGACAGUGCAGUCAGCAGGGGGCGACAAACACCAGUUUGAUGUGAACCAGCACAACACAUUACUGUACCAGGAGACAGCACUGCAGGACGUUCCUGGGAAGUACAGUGUAGAAGUGAAGGGCUCUGCAUGUGCUUCUGUUGGGGUGGCUCUUUUCUACAACAUCCCCACUCCCACUGAGAACUCAACCUUAAGCAUUACGACUCAAGCCAAGCCUCUAGCUGAGGGGGAGUGCAACAAAGCCAAUGGACAGGCAUUCAGCUUAAACAUCACAGUCCAUGCAGCCCUGGUCUUAGUCAUUAAAUCAGCUCCUGUGAAGGUGCUCAUCACAGCUUUGUCUUUCCAGCUAAAGGGCAGCAUAUUUGUGGACCGUGUCGAUGAGAAAGAUGACCACAUCCUUGUGUAUCUAUCAAUGGUUCCAAAGGAUAUUCCUAUUUAUUACCAGCUGACCAUCCAACAGGAUCUCCCAGUAAGCAACCUGAAGCCAGCCGUGGUCAAAGUGUAUGACUACUACCAAACCAGUGAUGAAGCAGAGGCAGAGUACAGCUCCCCGUGUGCGUAA